AGUAUUGAUGCAGAAGAACAACGAAGAUUGAAAAAUCCUCAUAAUACAAUAUAUUAAAAUGUUUCUACAAUACGGCUUCAUUAAUGAAUAAUAUAUGAAAAACAACAAUAUGAGUCAAUUACCAGAAGAAUUGAUACAACGUUUAAGCAGUGAUUUAGAAGGUAUAAUGUCGGGCGAACUUUUUGAACAGGAUGACAUUUAUAUUAGUAACAGCCAAGAUGAUAGUAAUUCUCAAAUGGCAGUGGACAAUGAAAUUAUCAUGCAUAUGGAUAUACGCGAGCCAUUGAGAACUUUGCAGAAACUUUUGGAAAAAAAACUUGGCGUAAAUCUUAAUGGCUACGAAUUUUGGCUCCAAGACGCUCAAGAACUUGAACCUCACAAAAAUUUAGUGGACCAAUGUGUAAAAGGUGAAGGCUUGGUUCAAAUUAAUGUGGAAAUCAAAUAUAUAGUUAAACGAAUCAAUAUUUUGGAUGUCCUAAAACCCACUGAAGACGCUUUGGCGGCUUUGAACAUACAAGAAACUUGUGAAACAAAUUCAAGUUCGGGCGAUAAACAAAGUAGGUGUAAUGAAAAUACGGAAGAUAGCGAAGAAGGCAAAGAAGCUCCAGCCAAGAAAUUUAAAGGCGAUCAUGCCAUCGCAUCAACUUCAUCGAAGGAGAAACCUUGUCUUAAUUGGGUAUUGGAUAACAAGUUUCGCAAAGAGCAGGCACGUCUUAAUAUUCCCGAAAAUCCCUUUGAGUGGACGGUAGCUCAUGUCAAGCACUGGUUUCAAUGGGCCAUCAAACAAUUUGAUUUGACUAAUUUCACUGUAAAUGAUUGGUUCAUAACGGGUCGCGAACUUUGCACACUCACUCAUGAAGAUUUUCGCAAGAAGUUGCCCAAAGAUCCUGGCAAUGUAUUUUGGACUCAUGUGCAAUUGAUGAAAGAGUGCCAGUUUGUGGCUAUCGUACAUAAAGCUGCUGAAAAUGAAUUAAUUGAGAACAAAACAGAACUAAAGAAAGAAUUACCAACUGAUGUUCCACCUGCAAUGCCACGUGAGCAGAAGAUAAUGCGCAAAAGCUUCCACAACACUAGAAAGGAAUUAGGCACUUCGUCCGAUCUGAAUAUAGGAUCAGAUAGUUCACUUACUCAUGGCAACUAUAGUGUAGGUUCGGGAAAUAAUGGUCAAAUGCAAUUAUGGCAAUUCCUCCUUGAGAUACUUACUGAACGCGAACAUGUGGACAUAAUUGAGUGGGUAGGUGAUGAUGGCGAAUUUAAGCUUACUGAUCCGGAACGUGUAGCACGUCUUUGGGGCGAGAAAAAAAAUAAACCUACUAUGAAUUAUGAAAAACUGUCGAGAGCCUUACGAUACUAUUACGAUGGUGAUAUGAUAUCUAAAGUGUCCGGCCAACGUUUUACGUACAAAUUUGAUUGCGAUCUGAAACUUCUGAUUGGUUAUAGUGCUGGCGAAUUAUCGGCUUUGGUUAAUGAAAAAACUUUCGGAAAUAAAUCUAUUUACUUGGAACAUAGAGGCAACUUGAGCAUUCAAUCAAGUGACAAAUGACAAUGGGUGAGAGUGAAAGAAGAGCCCUUAUGUACUCUAAAGGAGGAAUUUAUUAUUGAACCGCCAGAUUAAGAGGAUGUCAUUGAGACAGGAUAUGUCUUCUUUUUUUAUAAGUUCGCUUAGUUGAUAAUAUUUUAUUUUUAACAGUUUUUUUUUGCUUAAUUUCA